AGAUAGAUAGAUAUAUACUAUUUUUUACUAAAGCUAUAGGUACCAUUAUACCGUAUAUGUUGUUUUCAAAUAAAUUUGAGCUAACAAGUUAUUUCAUGUUCUUUGUGCAGAAACAACAACAAUGUUGAAAACAAUCAGAAAUUGUUGCGGAGCUCUCUGUAGCCUUUUCCAUCGCAAGAAGAAGAAGGAACCAAUCAACUCUGAGCAGAUUUUGCCAGAACCACAGGUAAAAACCCCUGAAGCAGGGAAGAAGAAGAAGAAGAAGAAUAAGAAGAAAACACAAGAGAUUGUGAAGCCACCUGUUCCAGCAUCACAGGUAAAAACCCCUGAAGCAGGGAAGAAGAAGAAGAAGAAGAAAACACAAGAGAUUGUGAAGCCACCUGUUCCAGCAUCACAGGUAAAAAACCCUAAAGCAGGGAAGAAGAAGAAAACACAAGAGAUUGUGAAGCCACCUUUCCCAGCAUCAAAGGUAAAAACCCCUAAAGAAGGGAAGAAGAAGACAACACAAGAGAUUGUGAAGCCACCUGUUCCAGCAUCACAGGUAAAAACUCCUGAAGAAGGGGAGAAGGAGAAAACACAAGUGAUUGUAAAGCCAGUUUUUCCAGCACCACAGGUGAAAACCCCUGAAGCUGAGGAUGAGAUCAAAACACAAGUGAUUGUGGAGCCACUAGAGACCGUGGAACAAAAUGUUCUUUCCAGUGAGGUUGAUGCUGCUGACGAAGAAGUAUCAGGCACAUUUGAAAGAAAGUCCAAGAAUCUUUCAGAAACAACAACAACGUUGAAAACAAUAAGAGAUUGUUGCGGCGCUCUCUGUAGCCUUUGUCAUUGCGAGAAGAAGAAGGAACCGAUCGACUGCAAUUUGCCUGCACUGAAUACAACCAGCACUAAAGAGGAUCUGCAAGUUACUAGUGUCUUUCAGGAGCGCCCGGACUCAACUCAUCAGAACUCAUUAAACACCAUCAGUGACUUCAAGUUCAAUGAAUUUCUUGGGAGAGGAUCCUUUGGACAGGUGAGUUAUGUGUCCUAUGUUAAGUUUAUAAUGUUAAAUAGGAGUUUCAGAGAAACAACAAGAUUCUUAUUCUCAUUCCAGGUCUUCAAGGCAGAACAUAAAAAAACAGGGAAGAUUCUUGCUAUUAAGAAACUCAAUAAGGAAAAGUACUUUGCACUCAACAUGGUCAAAAGUGUUUUUGUAGAGCGGGACGUCUUAAGGUUGGCAAGGAACACCAGAUGUCCAUUCCUUGUGAGUUUAUUCUGUUCCUUCCAGACAGAACAUCACGCAUUCCUAGCUAUGGAAUUCGCUGCUGGAGGAAGUUUAGGGUCUCUGUUGAAGACCGGUGCACUAACCCAGGAAAGCACUUUAUUCUAUGCUGCAUGCAUCACGUCAGGGAUCAAGUUCAUACAUGUUCGCGGAAUCAUCCACCGAGAUAUAAAGCCAGACAAUGUUGUAAUAGACAGCACUGGAUACGCACAGCUUGCAGAUUUUGGACUCUGCAAAACAGGAGUCGACCACACAUCUAAAAUAGAGGAGCCAUGUGGAGAUCCCUCUUAUAAUGCCCCAGAAAUACUCAGAGGAGAACGCUACAAAAGGAACGUGGACUGGUGGUCAUUAGGGAUAACUAUCUAUGAAAUGGCUGUUGCAAAGUUGCCAUUUACUGGACAAAACCAGGAUGAAAUGAUAAAUAACAUCUUUUAUACAGAACCAGACUAUCCAAGUGACCUGGACAGUGGUACCAUUUCAAUAAUUGAAGCACUCGUAGACAAAGACCCCAGAUUCCGGCUGGGAUCAGCUAUAGAUGAUGGUGAAGAAGUACAGAGAUUCAGAUACUUCAAGUCAAUUGACUGGAAUGCUCUCUGGAACAAGCAGCUGAAAGCACCAUUCAUACCCAGUCAACGAACUAAAACAGAUGGUAAUGAAGAUGGCAUCAAAUUUACAGACUACAGAUGGAGGCUUGACCAAGAUGUGCACGAGACGUUCAGAAAUUUUGAAGAGUUGCCAGAAGAAUACUCCUAAACUAUAAACCGAAGAAAUGCCAGACAGAAAAUGUUUGCCAGAGGAGACUCAUGUUCUACCAAGGAGGACAAAGCACCAAUGGGGUAUAUUUAUCAGGGAUAUGGAAGAUAGCUCAUAGUCAGGCCAAGAUUUGUGGUGAGGCCACAAAGGCCCGAGCCUAGGACAGUGAAAUACUGCCGCUCAACCGCAUUGGGAACACUACGUUCCCCUGCGCCCAUUGCUAUGAGGGUUGGGUGCGCAUGAUCGGUGGGUGCUAGGACUGUGAUGCCUCGGGGUGCUGCUUCAGGAAAUCUGGCCCUGCUCAUAUUACAAGUUGAUCCAGGGACUAGUCCGAUUGCCAUUUUGGAGUCAGGAAGGAAUUUUCCCCCCUCUGA